AUGGAGGAAAAAAUGCUUCGUCUUUUGGAAGAAUUUGAGUCCGGCAGAUUGGUUUCCGUUGGUGAGUUUUAGUUCAUUCCCAUUCUCGUGCUCGCUCUCAUCGCUGUCGUCUCUUUUCUCUUUCCUCUUUUCCCCUGCUUUCCGAACUCUCGCGCUCACACAGCCACUUCCAAGCCCUGACUGAUAUUAGGAGGCAUACCGGUACAGCGUACCCAGGAGUUACACGAGUGACUCCGAAGUAUAUGUAAGAAGUCGGUACUGAACGUGCAACGAAAGUACAUGUCGGGCUUUUUAGUCAGUCGCUUGGAGACUAAGUUUGUUCCAAACCUCACAGUGUUUUCCGAUCAGCUCAGUUUAUUGGCAGGCCAUUUAUUUUUUCCCUGAUUGUUUCCAUCGUUGACUUGAGCAAAAGUACUCAGGUGUGGAUGGAGCUCUCCGAGUAUUAAUCAGGUGCAACUCAGCUAUUGAAGUUCCACUAAGGUAGUGAACUGAUUGAUCAACCAUGCACUUUGGUCAAAUGUAUUGGUUUUUUUAGACCUCCUGCAAGGAAGUAAACGACAGCUGCAGAUUUCAGCAUGCGAAUACUCACCGCCCUUUCGGCUGUAGGCGAUGACUCGUAAUUAGAAGUGCAGUGGUUGCGUGCUUCGCCGAGUUCCAGGAGGUAGUUAGGAAGAAAAGUACUCUACUGUUGGGACAAGAACGUUAUUCACCCGUCGUUCCGAGCUUGCUCUCGAAACUAUCAUCAGGACCAACGGGAAAUAACAGUAGCAAACGCGUCGGGUACAGUAUCUAUAGGAUGCGUUUGCGUCGCAACUACAUACUGCAUCGACUCGAGAUGUUCGUGUAUGGUGCGGCACUGGCAUCCGAUACGCGAUUUUACCGUCGGUGUUGGUGAUUUAGGCGACAAUUACUCAGCAGCUUAUCUUACCAAUACUGUCACUAGAAGUGUUCACUCGUGUGCUUCCAGUGUGACCGGUUACUCUUACUUGGGCAAAGUCUCAACACUGAACGGGAAAGAGGAGAAAUUGUUGCUUUUUUUGAUAAACUACAACUGGUCGAGGAGUCACGGCUUAGGCAGUUCCCGACGCACUUGAGAGAGAGAGAGAGAGAGGACUGCUUUAUUUUGAAAAUAACUUUCAAAACUUUCAGCAAAAACGGUUCUCCAGUACACAGUGAUUACCAUAGAGAUUAACAGGUUUUUGGACAGACAGGUGGACAUGAUUAUAUAUGAAGAAAAAAGGACUUUAAGGUGCAAGAUUGAGUUUUAGUUUUUGUUUUUCAACAUCUUUGCAGGUGAGAUACCGGGCUAGAAAUGGCAGUAUGGAAUUCCGGUAGGCCGAAGUGCGGCAAGGGAUGUGGCGGAAGCAUCGACGCGUGGGGCGUAAGGAUUUCGCAGCCAUUAACUCAUUAUGAAGGGGAUGGACGGUGUCAUUCAGAAUUCGGUCAGCGAAUUGCUCCACCGAGUUGAAAUGUCGCUGCACGAUGAUAUCAACUAAAAGAUGAUAGGAAACACCAGCAGCAGAGGCGAGCAUUCGAAUGACACGCUUAAAAAUAAUUAGAUCUUUUUUAAGUAAAGCUGGAAAAAUAACUGGAGAACAAUAAAGAAUGAGUGGAAGAAUGCAGCCAUCUAUGAAUCGCCAGAUUAAGGACUGGGGUGUGUGAUAUGAACGUAGACGACGAAUAUAAUAAACAAGUUUUUGAAUUUUUGUUAAAAGGGUUUCCAUAUGAAGAGAGAAAGAGAGAUUUGAGGAUAAAGUAACACCUAGGUACCGGAAAGAAGAUACCUCAUUGGGAAGAAUAUCCAAAGGUUCAGGAAUGGGAGAGGGUCGCAAUCGAAACACACACUGUACUGAUUUCUGAUUGUUGAGUAGGAGUCCAUUAUUCGAAGACCAUGCGGAGACGUGGUCGUUACCUGUCACGAUGACUUCGCCCUCUUCAAACUUGAAGGUAUGACUGGGUAUAGCCGAAUGAACUACGAAGUGAUAAUUGGCGUCCUCCCUCAUAAUCCCUCAGGAGCAGUGUUUCUCGACGUCGUAGCGUUGCCCUCAACUGCAGCAGGUCAGGUAGACAGUUUCAGACGUUUCUUGCUGUCGUGGUGGAUUGUUUGGCCUCAUCACAUGGCGCCGGGCAUUUGUCUCCGGUCUCUGUCCCACCCAACUCCGGGUGAGAUGAGAAGGUGGUAUACGACCUCCGAUACGUUUUCGACGCACUGGGACGUUCGCCGAACUCUGAUUCCAGUGAGGUUUCGUUUACCGUCUCGUCUUUGCCUGCACCGGUUUGCGAAGUUGAAAUUCGCUCCGAGAUUCCUUCAAAGGUAUUUUAACUCCGCAGCCGUGUCCUGUGGCUUACUGCAUUGCGUCUGGAUGUGCCAAUAACAUGUUACUGCCCAAAUGCGUUUAUGGCCAAUAUGAUGGUAGUUGUUGAAGUUCAGCACUUGCGACGUAUUUGUCGCCUUCACAUACACUUUGGACCACACUUUUCGACAAAGGAACAUAUCGAGGACCGCCGUUCGAUUUUUUCUUCUCCCCUCCACCUUAAGUCCUACACCCGAGAGGACAGUGUCGAAAUUCCUCCUGUAGUUUAACACCAUAUCUCACUUGAUGUCGAAUGUCGAUAUCAUUCAUACACAUCCCAGGAUCUCCGUAAAGGACAGUGGUGCAACUAUUGGAAGCCUCCAUCUGUCAUGUACAGAAAUAAGGGAAAUCACCGACGCCACCCCCACUUGUUCGUACAUAGCUCAAUCAAAUGUGAAGUGCGCCUUUAGAAGGAACCUCAGGAGACGAAAGAUUUCUGGCAUGUUUGAAACUAUUCUACAUUUCAUUGUGCUUAUUUUCCAAGAGUAAUUCUGUGAUCUUAACUGCCGGACCAUUGGAAGCAUAAAAAGGACGUAACAUCCAAAACUGCCCUCACCCCAUUUGACUGAAGACUGACUAACUCGAAUAAAAAUACGGUCUUCAUAAAGAAGUCGAGGAAGAGGCUAAAUCCCCGGACAUGGACGUUAUUCGCGUGACAUUUCGGGCUCUCAUUCGAACCCAUUAUCAAAGAGUAUAGCGUCCACUAUCCCUGCCCGUUACUGCUCUUAAUUAUAGGCUCUAGUGUGAUUCCGAAACGUCAGGCAAGCAAAAUUCUUACUCGAACGCUCCAGUUUCGUUCUCUAUAGCGUAUAAGCGGUGUUUGUACUCAGACCAAUACAGUCGUCAGGUCAAGUUCUGAGUACCAGGAGAAGACAAAACUCACCAGAAUGAGAGGUUUGUUAAAUAUACAGAAUCCUGAAAUGCCCUUAGACGAUAAUGGCCGCUGGCGAAGCCCAGGGUACGUGCUGACGGUGUUAGGUCGUGUCUGACUGAGGGCAUGUGACAACUGUUUUUAUAGGUUUGGGGGGAGCAAGCUAAAGUUUUGUCCGAUGGGUGCCCGAGGGGUGGUGUGUCUAGUGGCCAAUGUUGCAUUUGUCUGGGGGUGGUCUGUCUAAGCGGUGCAUGGGCAGCUGCGACUGUGUGGGCGCACGUGUGUCGGGACUGAAGUCGGUCGGGUGGUUGCAGCUCGACGCGCCUUGAAUCGCUCGCUGCAAGGGUUAGUGACUUUGAGGCAACGGAGCUAUGGACAAGGACGGCAGGCAUUGCAAUUAUGGCUGUUGGCAGCACCUCCAAGAAGUAUGUUGACGAUCUGACCAUGGUUUUUGAAGCUGUAGCCAGAUGUUUGUUUCCGAAGGCUUGGUUCCUUUGCUCUUAGUUGUCCUACUGGGAACUGCCGACAUGAAUUUUAUGGCUCUUCGUUCUUCCUCGGUAGGACGUCGCACGAUGGCCAAAACACGACCUUGGCCACUUGGCGAGGCUGACAUGCGCAGUUGGAUCCCAAGGCAUACAAUGACCGUCUAAACGCGUAGAGAUGGUCAACGUCAGUGCCGUGGUCGUGCGCAGCAUCGGAAACCACGUCUUCUAGGAAUACAGACGUCUUAACGUGAUAAUCGGAUACUGCCUUCGGUAGGUCGCAUUUCCACUAUUUGAGGCUGUUGGUGGCGUGGCAGGUGUGUUAAUUUCCACCACAGUCUCCAGUGAAUGCUAGAGCCUCGUGGUACAUACCAACCAAUGUCUUAGAAUGGGAUUGGUUCGAGGAUGGACAGUGCCUACGUAGAUACAGUGAGCUCCCACAUGCUGUCACAGGAAAUUUGUUGGAGCUUUACUAAAGAACGGUCCCCACACGCCAUGUCAUAGGCCUGCCACAUAUGUUGUUGGCCGUCCAUGGCGGCCAAUCUGUCAGCCGAUGAGGUCUGGUUGACCCUAGACAUUAGGCCCACAACUUUGUCGUCGAUUUUGUUGGUCUGUGAGCUGGUGCCGCCUGGGCGGGUGAAUCUGUCUCCCGCUAAGAGGCGAUCACCACCGACACUUACCGCGGAUUCGGCGUAUUUAACUAUGGGCGCCGGUUGGUGCAUGACAAAACUUAUCUGUAUGUUUAUGGUUAUCCCGAGGUGGCCUCAUCCGAUGAGAAAGAGGUCCAGACUUGUCUGCUUGUCAGCAGAGGAGAACCUCGUAUACAAAGACAGACUUGCACCAUGACUGCUUAUUCGAGGAACUACUGUCUGGUCUUAUCCUACGCACUCCUCCAACUCGCUGUAGCCUAGACAGAGCGCCAACCAACUAUCACGACGCCCUAUGAUACCAUCUACUGGACCCUUAAAAUAGUAAAUCGGUUCCGAAACAAGUAUUGAGUUGCUCUAGGAUCCCGCUCAUAGCGCAUCUGUCCGGCAACUUUUGACCGACACAAAAUGAGGAUGCAGCCCAACUGGUUUUUGUGCCUAACCGUUCGCAAGAAAAUAUGGGGUUUAUAGAAACGAGUCGUCGUUGUGCCGUGGUUCCUACCCAAGACUUGGUUUGGACCAACUUAUCACAGACUAGUCAGGGGUUUGUCAGUGUGACUCCUUUCUAUUUCCAUACAUAAACACUGCCUUGGUAAGUGUUUAAUCUUUUCCGAAUCUUGCACACCGUCAAAUUAUAUAGCGCAUGUCGUUUUUGUUUUCGCAGGUGCCAGCUGUCCCUACGACAAACUGGACGCCGUGAGAGAGCAGCAGGAAGAGCUCAUGCGACUGCAUUUCGCUCUAGACAACAAAGUGCAAAAUGCUGCCGGCUCAACUUCCAUGGGAAAUCGUCGCCAGGCCCGACGGUAUAGCAAAAAACACUAUCCUUCCUGUCGUAUCUUCAUUCCUAAUUGUGAAAACUUCGAUAAAACUUAUUGUGCUUCCAGUUAGGACGAACUAUCAACUAUUGAGGGGGACCUUACUCAGCCGAAGCAUACGCCAACGAUAUCUGAAAUUUGGUCUCCAACGGGCCAGCGUUAGUGUCCGUCGUACAUCGACGCACUGUCCUCUCACACAACAUUCGAACUAUUAGCGACCAUCAUCAGUGCUUUUUUCCGAAGCGCCCACCUUUUUGCAACAGGCAGCUUCUUGUAGUUAGUUCCGUUGCGGCCUCAUUCGCGUCAUCUGCGACAUUUUGAAAUAAUUACUUAUGGAUACCUUCUCAGUCAUUAAAUUAACGUCUAAGUUUGGUUGAAUCCGCCCGUCAUGCAUAAUUUCCAUACAAGUCGGUCAGGAAAACUGGCCUUUUCAGUGACUACCAUGGGCGCCUAAUCACGCCAUUCUUCCUCUCAUAGACUGCUGAUGGAAGAAGGACGAAAGGCGUCGAAAUCAAACCUCUCGGCUCUAAUAGCCAAGGUAAGUCAGACCUUUUUCUGCCAGAAACUACUCUCACCUUUCUUAUCUUUUUCUCUCCUCUCAGCUCGAGUCACUCAGUUCCUCGAUGUAAGUCCUGUUUGACCAUAAAAUCUAAUCUCCGUAGCCAGGACCUCCACAGCUCAAGCCGACCGAAAGCCUGA